AUGAAGUUCCAUUAUGCAGUUCUACAAACACUGGAAGAAAUAAAAAAUCUUGAAGGAGUUACUGAUGCAACCGUUGGUGCCACCUGUAGUGGUCUUAUAGAUUAUUUUACAUUACAAAGAUUUUUAUUAACUGCUUUCACAUUCAAAAAACUAUUCGACAUAUUAGAAGUAGUUACAAGACAAUUCCAAACACAUGAUAUGGAUAUUUUAUUGGCAACAAGUAUCGUAACUAAAACAAUUGAUGCAAUUAGAAAAUUGAGAGCAAAUAAUUCAUUUGAGGAAAUUAUAAAAUUAACAGAUAACUUUAUCGAUGAAAGUGACACAGAUUUUACACCAUUAAAAAACAUCAGACUAAGGCGUGUACCAAAGAAAGCAGAUGAACUAACGCAAGAUAAUCCUAUUGUAUGUCCAACUAAAAAGUUUGAGGUAGAAACAUACAAUGCAGCAAUAGACGUGACUCUAAAUGAAUUAAGUGACCGGUUUGAAACCACAAAUAUUGGACCAUUAAUAGACAUUGCAUUGCUCUCAUAUCGUAGAGUACAAGAAGUGCACAAUGAUCCAUCAAUGCUACCAAAAGACGCAUUUAUAGAAUUAUGUAAAGUUUAUUCCAAAAUUAAUAGGGAUUGUUUGAUUUCAGAAUACUUGCAGUUUUGUAGGAAUUUCAAUGAAUUUGAGAAUAACUUAAAUUUACCAGAGGUUUUACAUAAUGUGUGUAAUAAUGAUUCAAGCAAUGAUGAAGGUGAUAAUGAUGAUAACAACAUUGAACUAAAUACGUAUGAUGAUUUAAAUGAAACUGAAAACGAUCAAAGAGUAAUUAAAAACAUUGGAAGUACAAAAAAAUUGUUUGAAAUGUUUUGUUUAGCUGGCUUAACCAGUUGUUUUCCAAAUUUAUAUGUGGCAUUAAAAAUAUCAGUGACUCUUCCAAUUUCAAGUUGUAGUGUAGAGCGUUCAUUUUCAAAGUUAAAGCUUAUUAAAUCUAAACUUCGAACUUCCAUGCUACAAGAUAGGUUGGAAAACUUAAUGAAGAUCAGUUGUGAAAAAGAUACAGAUCCAGUAGUAGACAAUAUAAUUUUAUCACUAGCAGGAAAGAGUUCCCGCUUAUGUAAAGCCUUAGUGUAUUAA